AUGGAUGACAAGGCCUCGGUGGGCAAGAUCAGCGUCUCUUCCGAUUCCGUGUCCACCCUCAACAGUGAAGAUUUUGUCUUGAUUUCCCGGCAGGGAGAUGAAACGCCCUCCACCAAUAACGGUAGCGAUGACGAAAAGACGGGCUUAAAGAUCAUAGGAAAUGGGAGCGAGCAGCAGCUGCAGAAGGAGCUGGAGGACAUCCUAAUGGACCCCCCCAUGGAGGAGCCCUCCAACGACCGGCAGGGGGGGGAGGAGAGCCCCUCCCAGGACGCAGAGGGGGAUGAGCCGGUUCUGCUCGAGGCCUCCGCCUCCUCCACCAUCAACCCCGUGUCCGUGACGGGACCCGCCAUGCCGGAGAUGAGGCUCCCCGUGAAGGCGGCCCAAGGAGAUUCGGAGGAGUCCAGCCCCUUCACCCCGGUGGCCGAUGAGGACAGCGUGGUCUUCAGCAAGCUGACCUACUUGGGCUGCGCCUCCGUCAACGCCCCCCGGAGCGAGGUGGAGGCCCUGCGGAUGAUGGCCAUCCUGCGCAGCCAGGGCCAGACCUCGGUGGACGUGACGCUCUCCGUGCCAAACGUGUCUGAGGGCACCGUGAGGUUGCUGGAGCCUCCAACCAACACCGAAAUAGCCAACUACCCCAUUUACAAGAUCCUGUUCUGCGUGCGAGGUCACGACGGGACUCCCGAAAGCGACUGCUUCGCUUUUACAGAAAGCCAUUACAACUCUGAGCUCUUCAGAAUUCACGUCUUCCGAUGCGAGAUCCAGGAAGCGGUGAGCCGGAUCCUGUACAGUUUUGCCACCGCUUUCCGCCGUUCCGCCAAGCAAGUCCCUCUUGCAGCCCCGGUUACUCCAGAGAUGCCGGACAGCGACAUUUUCACCUUUUCGGUCUCGCUGGAAAUCAAGGAGGACGAUGGGAAAGGCUGCUUCAGUGCCGUUCCGAAGGACAAAGACAGGCAGUGCUUCAAGUUACGGCAAGGAAUCGACAAGAAGAUUGUCCUCUAUGUGCAACAGACCACGAACAAAGAGCUGGCCAUCGAGAGAUGUUUCGGCCUCCUCCUCAGUCCCGGAAAAGACGUGCAGAGCGGAGACAUGCAUUUGCUAGAUUUGGAGUCCAUGGGGAAAAGCUCGGAUGGGAAGUCGUACAUCAUCACCGGGAGUUGGAACACCAAGUCUCCGCACUUCCAAAUUGUGAACGAGGAGACGCCCAAAGACAAGGUGCUCUUCCUGACCACAGCGGUGGACCUGGUGAUUACGGAGGUGCAGGAGCCCGUCCGUUUCCUCCUGGAGUCCAAAAUCCGCGUCUGUCCCCCGAACGAGAGGCUUUACUGGCCUUUCAGCAAGAGAAGCUCGACGGAAAACUUCUUCCUCAAAUUGAAGCAGAUCAAGCAGAAGGACCGCAAGGCCAGCACCGACACCCUCUACGAAGUGGUCUGCCUGGAGAGUGAGUCGCAGAAGGAAAGGAAGAAAACCACUGCCAGCCCUGCCCUCCGGCUCCCCCAGUCCGGCUCCCAAGGCUCCAUCAUCCCCUCCCCUCCCGAGGAUGAUGAAGAGGAAGAUAACGACGAGCCUCUGCUCAGUGGCUCAGGGGACGUCUCCAAAGAGUGUGCGGAGAAGAUCCUGGAGACGUGGGGAGACCUACUUUCCAAGUGGUAA